AUGUCGGCUAGCUGGAGCCAUGCGAAGAGCCGACUGGUGUUUGGCUCGGGCUUCAGAAAGAUUCUCGUGGUGGUGAAGCACAGCGCUUACGAGUCAUACAAAGCGCUCAAGGCACAGGGGAAGGCUCCGACGGCGGUGAGGUGGGAGAGGCUCAAGAACCGCCACGACAUCCACCGCGAGUGUGUCGCCUCAGUGGAGAGGGUGCUGACCAGGCACAAGUCGGAAUAUGCCCUGGUCGGGAGGGAGGAGCUAGAUCGCCAGCACAUAUCGAAGGUAGACUUGGUGAUUUCCGUGGGAGGGGACGGGACGGUUUUGUCGGCGAGCCACUUCCUCGGGGACAACAUCCCGCUGGUGGGCGUCAAUAGCGAUCCCAACAGGGCGGAGGAGAUCAUGAAUACCACCAAGAAGACCGAUGAGAGAAGGAGCUUCGGAGCGCUGUGCAUGUGCACCGCUCUCGACGUUGAGGAGAUGCUGCCCAAGAUCUUGCUGAGGGAAAUGGAGCCGCAACGGCGAACACGACUGCAAACAUCCAUCAAGAGCACGUUCACGGAGACCAAGCUGCCGCCGACUCUCAACGAUUUGUUGUUAACGAACCCUAAUCCAGCAGCCGUCAGCCGAUUCCGAUUGGGCUUGAUUCCUGCGGAAGGCGCAUCCGCCCGCGAGUGGUUUAACGUUUGGUCGUCGGGUAUGUGGGUGUGCACAGCGACGGGGUCGACGGCGGCGAUGAAGGCAGCAGGGGGGCAGCCCAUGGCACCAGACUCGUCAGACAUGCAGUACAUGGUGCGGGAGCACAUGGUGGAAGCCCACAUGGAGCACCUGCGUUCGAAGGGGCAGGGUAUUGUUCCUCAGGGGUCGAAGAUAGAGAUUCGCUGGAACUCCAAGGAUGGGUUCGUUUACAUCGACGGAGAGCACUCGGUGCACUCGAUGCAGCUAGGAGACGAGCUGCGAAUGUCAGCGAACGCACCCCCCCUGUACCUUUACGCCCAGGAGCCACCACCUGUAGGACCAGGCAAGCCAAUCUCUGCACCUUGGCGGCAUUUGUGA